AUGACGAAAAUCACGCAGGUGCGUCCUUUUGCUGACACGGAAACGGUUCGCGUCACUUUCGUUUCUGCGACCCUACCGGAACACGUAUUUCUGGGCAGAGUACGACAUAAGGUCAAACUAUACGUUGAUCGACCAGCGCAGUGCAGGAAGUGUGGCAAGUUUGGACACGUCAAGGCAGUUUGCACUCGCCCCGAGGUGUGCACCAGAUGCUCUGGCUCCCACGCGAGCGAAAGAUGCGAAGCCGAAAGGGCCAAGUGCGUGAACUGCAAGGGCGCACAUGAGGCAACCUCGAAAGACUGUGUGAUCUGGCAACAAGAACGAGCCGUAAACAAGUACAAAACAAUUAACAAAGUAGACUUCAAAACUGCCCGAGCUGCCGUCCGAAGCCGCGGCCAGCGCAACAUCGAACACGACAACUUGAACGUUCUUCAGAACCGUUUCAGUGACCUUUAUGAUGAGACGCAGGACCUCCACCCCGAGCAGAACAACGCAUCACAGAGUGAAACACGGAAUUCGCACCCUGCACGGCGUGCAUCACCAAACCCUGAAUCAGUCUCUCGGGAACAAGGUGCAUCGAGAGAACAGCACGUGGAGCCUCCAAAUAGCAUUAGAGAGCAAGGCACAUCCCAACAUUCAUCGCAGCGCACAGCACAGCGGAAUUCAUACAGUCAUGCGCUCCGCACUGCCUCUGCUCAAGCACAAUCACAGCCAACCAGCAACCGUAAAACCUCCCGAAGCGCGACCGGCAACGAACAGCCCAGCCUGAUAUCCUCACUGGGAACCCUUGCACGAACUGUAAUGCCAGUGGUCACGGAACUUCUGAAGCCGUUUGACUCUCCUGUGGUGCGAGCGAUUCUCCAAAUAAUCACACUGGUUCAGCAAUGGCUCUGCGAUGGAGCUUGCUAG